AUGGAAUCGGGAUACGGCAACGGCUACGCCAGCCAGCGCGCCUCGGCCUUCAGCGUCAGUCGCAUCAUCGGCGACCCCUUUGCCCUGGCCACCAUCUCCAUUGGCAUUCUUGCCUGGGUCAUUGCGUUUGUCGCCAGCAUAAUAUCCGCCAUCCGCGGCGGCUUCCCCAACUUCGCCUGGUGGACCCUGGUGUUCAUGUUCUUCUGCAUCGUCGGCGUCACCGUCACCGUCGCGAGCGAUGCCGAGCGGACCUACCAUGUCGCCAUUGUCGGCUUCCUCGCCGCCGGCCUCGUCUUCACCACCUCCUCGGUCAACUCGCUCGUCUACUCGCCCGUCGCGCCCUUUGAGGCCGCUGCCGCCGGCUACAUCCUGCUGUCCAUGAUUGCCAUUGUCUGGAUCUUCUACUACGGCUCCCAGCCCGCCGCGCGCCACCGCACCUUUGUCGACUCGUACGCCCUGCACAAAGAAACCCCCGGCAGCCGCGCCUCGCGGCCCAUCUCCAACGGCUACACGAACCGCCCGCAGACGCACAUUUCCAACAACCAGCAGCCGCAAAUGUACACGUCGGCCCAGCUCAACGGCUUCGAGACCUCGUCGCCCGUGAGCGGCUACCCCGGCGGUCCCGCGGGCGCCCAGGGCCGCAACAGCUCCGCCCCGCAGUUUGGCGGCAUGAAUGCCGCCACACCCACCCAGGACGAGGUCCCCAUGGGCGGCGAGCAGGGCAUCGAGUACCCCUACCGCGCAAAGGCCAUCUACAGCUACGAGGCGAAUCCAGACGACGCCAACGAGAUCAGCUUCCAGAAACACGACAUCCUCGAGGUCAGCGACGUGAGCGGGCGCUGGUGGCAGGCCAAGAAGCCCACCGGCGAGACAGGCAUUGCGCCGAGCAACUACCUGAUUCUGCUGUGA